UGCCUCUGUUAUGAAAACUCCUGAGAGAAAUGUUGGGUAACCGCUGUCUCCGGGCCUUUAUACAACUCCACAUGGGCAGAUAAGUGACGGAGGCUCGUCUAGACAUCCUCAAGAAGUGUUGUUGAUUUACAAAGUUGUUCAGGCGACAUGGCAAAGAGCAGGCAGAGCGCAGAAACAGCGGCCGCUGCAAAGAAACCGAAGCAGGUGCUGAAGAGCCGCGCAGCAAAACCGCGAGCGAAGAAGAAAGAUGCGGAUAGUGACUUUGAAGAGAAAGAGGAAAAACUUGAGAGGAAGGUCAAGCCCAAGCCGCGUUCGUCUUUAAAGCCAGCAGCAAGAAAAACCUCGUCUUCCAAACCCACCUCCAGCGCCGCCGUCAAAACCAGUAAAUACUUCCAGUCGCCAGUGAAGGAGGAGGUCGACAGUGAGGAGGACUUUGACAUGGAGACCUCACCACCGCCACCAAAGUUUAAAAUGAGUGCCAAGAAAGCGGAGAAAACAAAAGAAGAAGAAGUGGAGGAGGACAGUGAGGAAGAUGAGGAUGAUUGGGAGGAAGUGGAAGAGUUGGCUGAACCGCUGGGUCCAGUUGAACCACCAGAACCCGUCCUGCCAUCUGAGUCCGUGGAAAUAGAGAUUGAGACCCCAGAAGUGAGAAAGAGACAGAAGAGGCAGGCAGAGUUUGAGAAUUACCUGAGGCGGAUGAUGAACCGAUACAAGAAGGACGUGUGGAUAGACACACACAAGGUCCACCUCAUGUGCCUGAUAGCCAGUGGGAUGUUUCGCAACAGACUGUGCAGUGAGCCGGACCUGCUGGCCAUCACUCUGUCCCUGCUGCCGGCCCGCUAUGGCAACGUGGAAAAGGAGCGCGUCGACCUGAGCUUCCUCUCUCUGCUGCUCAAAUGGUUCCGACAGACUUUCACCCUGAACCCCAGCCUUCCCUAUGAGGAGCGUCCGGACCCCCGGGCUCUCCUGGAGAGACGCCUGGCCAGCCUCUCAGCCAGAAACCACCAGGAGCUGACUCAUCUCUUCCUGUUGAUCCUGAGGUCUCUGCAGCUCUUCUGCCGACUGGUUCUGUCUUUGCAGCCGAUUCCUCUCAAACCUCCAUCAGCCAAGGGCAAAGCAGCCGGAACAUCUCCCCCAAAAAAGAGCCGCACAAGCCAGGAAACGCCAAAGACCGACUCUCCAAAGGUCUCUCCUGGCACCAAGAGGCCAGCUGAAGGGGGGAAGACCAAAGGAGGAAAGAAAGCAAAGAGGAAAGAAACAAAGAAGGAGGAGGAAGAGGAGAAGUCUGUAUCAUCAGGAGGGCAGAGACCAAAGAACUCAAAGCGCCGCAGUGUCGCGUCUAAGGUCAGCUACAAGGAGGAGAGCAACAGUGACGGAGAUGAUGAUGAUGAAGCAGAGAGGCUUAGCGAUGAAGAAUUCCAGGAGACCAGUGAGGACGACAGUGAGGAUUCAGAGGGCGAAGCUAAAUCUACAAAGGGGAAGAAGGCAAAAAGGAAGAGUGAAGCUAAAAGGAGCAAGAGCAAAGAUACUGUAGCUCCAAAGAGAAAGAGUGGGGGAGGAAAAAAACAGGUGAAAGACGAGGAGGAAGAUGAUGAUGAAGAAGAAGAAGGAAUAGUGAGCAACGGAACAAAGGGAAGGAAAAAGAAGGAAGGGCCCGGAGUGGACGAGUGGUUGGAGGUGUAUCUGGAGAAAACCUCUUCCUGGGUUUGCGUCCACGUGGAGAAGGGCGUUGGGAUGCCGCACCUGUGCUCCCAGAACGCAACAGCUCCGGUGACGUACGUGGUGUCGGUGGACGGAGACGGCUUCGUCAAGGACCUGGGGAGGAAGUACGACCCCACCUGGAUGACGUCGUCCAGGAAGAGGCGGAUCGAUGACGAGUGGUGGGAGGAAACGCUGGAGCCGUUCUUAGGACCCGAGGAUGAGAGGGACGUGAAAGAGGAGAAGGAGCUCCAGAAUAAGCUUCUGAACAAACCCCUGCCGAUCUCUAUAGGCGAGUAUAAGAACCACCCGCUGUACGCCUUGAAGAGACACCUGCUCAAGUACGAAGCCGUCUAUCCUCCCACAGCCACCAUACUGGGAUACUGCAGAGGAGAGCCCGUAUACUCACGGGACUGUGUGCACACCCUCCACUCCAGAGACACGUGGCUGAAAGAAGCACGGACUGUCCGACUGGGAGAAGAGCCGUACAAAAUGGUGAGGGGCUUCUCUAAUCGCUCCCGUAAGGCCAGAAUGAUGGCUGAGCUGAAGGAAGAGAAGGACCUGCCUCUGUUUGGAGAAUGGCAAACUGAAGAGUACCAGCCUCCCAUAGCUGUGGAUGGGAAGGUUCCUCGUAACGACUACGGUAACGUCUACCUGUUCAAACCCUGCAUGUUACCGGUCGGCUGUGUUCAUGUCAGGCUGUCCAACCUGCACCGUGUGGCCAGAAAGCUGAACCUCGACGCCGCUCCUGCAGUCACAGGCUUCGACUUCCAUGGAGGAUACUCCCACGCUGUGACUGACGGUUACAUAGUGUGUGAGGAGCAUGAGGAGAUUCUCAGAGCUGCCUGGGUGGAGGAACAAGAGCUUCAGAAACAGAAGGAGAAAGAGAAAAAAGAAAAGCGGGUGAUCGCCAACUGGACUCUGCUGGUGAAGGGACUCCUGAUCAGAGAACGGCUCAAACAGCGUUACAGCAAGAAGAACCAGAGUGGCCUCGCUCACGGAGAUGACGCCGGCGGGUUUUCCUCCGAUGAAGAGCCAGUUGAGGAUGGAGGCAGCGGAGCUAAGACGGCGUCUGAGACUCUGGCAAUGUCCUGGCCGCAAAACAGACAAGCAGAAGAAGACGGCAGCAGCGGCAGCGGACUGAAAAAGAAGACGACAAAACGAGAGAAGAGGGGUCAACAGCAGCAUUUAUUCCCUUUUGAGAAAGUGUGAGGGGAGAGAUCAAAUUACACUGUUUUUGAUGCAGGUUUUGAAAAACUAUUGCUGAUAACACUCUGAAAAGCACUUGACUGACUGUGCCAACAACACUACAAACAAUACAGGCGAAUACGAGGGUUCAUCAAUAAGUGAACGCAACAUGUAACCACCAUGAGUCCGACACCACGCUGUCAACAUCAGAACCUGCUACACGUGCUUUUGUGGCUACCAGUAGAGGUGUAAUUGCGAUUUCUCAGUGAACUGGAGCAGCGAAGAAAGCGUCACAUUCUUUGUCAGUCAGAAGCCAGGAUGAUCCAACCUUCAUGUGGAGGAUCAUCACUGGUGACGAGAAGUUGGUCUGCAGCUGCCAUCAAGAGCAGAAACAGCAGUUUUCACAGUGUGGGAGCUCACAGUUUCCAACACGGUCUGUCAGGUCAGGGGCACCAGGAGCAUGCUCAUCAUUUUGUUCAAUGCUAAUGUGGUUGUGCAUCGGGAAUUAUGCUACCGGACUGUUAAGGCACUGUUUUAUUGUAACUUGUUGAGGGAGAACAUUCAGUGCAAGCGACCCUAACUGUAGCAUCAAUGCUCUGUGUGCCUGAUGAUUAUUUUUUUGUCCACAACAAAAAAAUCAUGACUCUCCUUCUGCCCUACUCAACAUAUUUGGCUCCCCUGUACCUUCUCUCUCUUCCCCAAAAUGUUAUUCAAGUUGAUGGGUCAUAUUUUGAUGUAGUUUAAGGGAUUCACUAUAGAUCGUGCUUGGCUUAUCUAUAUGGUGAUACUUGUUCCGGGGGGAGUGCUCCAAGUAUUACUGCAGGAGACUACUUUGACUGAAAACACAACCAAAUUUCAAUUUUAGAUUUUUAUGGGCACACUCAUCGCAACUUUUUGAUCCACCCUCGUAUGACUUGUAGCGACUGAAAACGAACAAAAACCUUUUAAAGCUGCUACCACAGCCUCUUCACCGUGCACCACUAUUUUUUUUUAAAUUCAUCACAUUCCACAUUUCCUCAACCUUGCAAGUACAAGCGGCACGUAAACACGACCACAUGAAGCGUACACACUGCUGCUGACUGGACUGUUCUUCAUGUGACCUGACCGUCUGAAAGCAGGAACUUGUACUUUUGUUUUUAUUCUGUCAUUUGGAAACAUAUUAAGUCCUCUUUUUUUUUGUUCUUCAGCCUCGACACCACUGGAAGGUCACUUGUUCUUGCUGUUUUCUGUGUCACAUAUCCCAUUCACUGUCUGUAUGUCACCCUCUUUCACACUUUUGUAAGCGUUUCACAGCUUCUGUCCUUAUAUGCGUUUGUAUACAGACGAUGGCGGCUGUAUUUCAAGUAACAGUUUUUGUAAGAAAAGUAUUUUUGCAAUAAAUGUUUGGAAGUGAGUACAAUGCGAAGCAACCAAA